AAAAUUAAUUAAAUACGAUUCGAAGCGUUUUGUGAAUUCAAGACAGUCUUUCAUAAUAAAUUCUUCGUUAAAAGUGCAAAUGUCGUUGUCUAUGUUGAAGGAUAAGUAAAUCAUUGGUUUUAAUCAGCCCAGCCUGUUCAGUCACCAAUAAUCAUAGUGUGAAUGCAACCUAUAGAUUGUACAGUAUACACAGUCUUUUGUAUGCAUAGAGGAAGAUUUUACUGUCUCGACUGCGAUGCCUGCGACAGAUGAAAACAAUAACACAGUUAAGAAAGUACGCGUAUGGUGCGAUGGCUGUUAUGAUAUGGUCCAUUUUGGACACGCUAAUCAAAUGAGACAGGCUAAAGCAAUGGGAGAUUGCCUAGUGGUGGGCGUACAUUCCGAUGAAGAAAUUAAAAAAAAUAAAGGACCUCCGGUGUUUAACGAAGAAGAGAGGUAUAAAAUGGUGCGUGGUAUCAAAUGGGUUGAUGAAGUGGUAAAGGGAGCACCUUAUGUCACAACAUUAGAAACACUUGAUCAAUAUAACUGUGAUUUCUGUGUGCAUGGUGAUGACAUUACUUGUACUGCUGAUGGCACAGAUACCUACCACAUCGUUAAAAGUAACGGAAGAUAUAAAGAAUGCAAACGAACUGAAGGUGUUUCCACUACAAACCUUGUUGGUCGAAUGUUACUUAUGACAAAAAGUCAUUUUGAUCACGGAACUCCAAUAUGUAAUGUUAAUCCACAAGACAUCGAAAAAACGAGGUCAGACUCUUCAACACAUAGUCCAUACACUGGUGUAUCUCACUUCUUGCCCUCGUCUCAUAAAAUCGUCCAGUUUGCUGAUGGAAAAGAUCCACAACCUGGAGAUAAAAUCAUUUAUGCCCCAGGUGCUUUUGACCUAUUCCAUGUUGGUUUGCUAGAUUUCUUGGAGAAAGCAAAAGAGCAUGGUCAGUACCUCAUCGUUGGUCUUCAUACAGAUGAAGUUGUUAAUCGUUAUAAAGGGAGCAACUUCCCUAUCAUGAAUCUUCACGAGCGCGUUUUAAGUGUCUUGGCAUGCCGCUAUGUGAACCAAGUCAUAAUUGGAGCACCUUACAAAGUUACCAAGGAAAUUAUUGAUCAGUUUAAAGUCAACGUCGUGGUUCACGGUGCUACACCAAUAAUGAAUGAUACUGAUGAAACUGACCCUUAUGCUUAUCCAAAAGAACUGGGCAUCUUUAAGGAGGUUAACAGUGGAAAUGAACUUACAACUGCUGAUAUUGUGAAAAGAAUUAUUCGCCAUAAAUUGGAAUACGAAACUAGAAAUAAGAAGAAAGAAACGAAAGAGUUAGCUGUACUGGAAUAUUUGAAACGCCAAAAAAGUAGAGAGGCAGGCAGCGAAAAGUCUGAUGCACCCGAAAUAUCCUCAUAGUUAUUAAUCAAAGUUCACUGCCAACAAGUACUUCUUGUUUAGCGAGGAACAUGCAAGUAUAAAUUAAAUUUAAUUCUUUGACGAAUUAGUCUUUUGUUGAUUUUUUUAAUUUUAAAAAGUGUCUCUUUUAUUUAUAAAUGGCAACUUUACAUAACGAGACGCCAUAAUGACAUUAAAUCUUAACCUUGCAUAACGUGACGCCACAAUGACAUUAAAUGCACUUCAGUUAGUGUUUCCAAACUACAAUGUAGUUUUUGUAUGUCAAAAUUUUAUUCUUUAAUUUUAUUAUUUCUUAAAUAUGAUUUAUUUUCGUUAUUGUUAUAUGUGUUAUUAUGUCACAUAUUGGUGGCUUUUUUGUACUUAAUGAGAAAGUCAUAUAUUUAGUUUUAGCAGACGUUGUACCAAUAAUUUUAGCGCAAAAUAUUAGAAUUGUAAAAUAAAAAAAAAAAUUCUUGUAUUUAUUCUUUUAAAAGAUUUAUAUACAAUUCAUGUAA